AACAAACAAGAAAAUGAGUAACGGGGAUUCGGUUGCAAAGUCAACGCAAGUGCCGAGGACUAUCACAUUAUAAUCAUAUAUCCACUUGUCGGCAGCCCUUACAUAUACCAAUUUUCCCACCUAAAUUUCCACUCAAAAAAGUGAAAAACCAUGGGUCGAUCACAUUCUGGGUCACCAAAAUUGAGCCUCGGCCGAUCCCUGCCUCGAGUUCGCGUCCACUCACCGUCUCUCCGGCGGAAAUCAGCCGCGAAUUGCUUCGAAAACGAUCAGCAAGCAGCGGAGUUCUUAGGUGACGGCGGCGAUACUGAUAAUCUUAUCUACAAUGAACGCGGGAAUAAGGUUAUGGUGGUGGUUGAUUCGAGCCUGGAAUCUAAGGCAGCGCUUGAGUGGGCAUUAUCUUACGCUAUUCAAGAUCAUGAUUCCAUUGUUCUUCUUCAUGUAGCCAAGCCCAGAAGAAGAGAGUGGUCUAAUAAGAAACGUAAUGCAAGGGCACAUGAAUUGCUUCACUCCAUGAAAAAUAUUUGUCAGAUGAACAAGCCAGGGGUUGAAGUUGAGGUGGCGAAGGUUGAAGGAAAGGAGAAGGGUCCAGUAAUUGUGGAGGCAGCAAAGCAACGAAAAGUGUCCAUUUUGGUGUUAGGGCAAAGGAAGAGAUGCGUGAUUUGGCGUUUAUUAAGGAGAUGGUAUGGAAAGAGAAGAGGCAGUGGCGGCGGAGUUGUUGAUUACUGCAUUGAAAACGCUCCUUCGUCGUGCAAGACGAUGGCCGUGAGGAGGAAGAGCAACCAGCUUGGUGGCUACUUGAUUACCACGAAGCUUCACAAGAAUUUCUGGCUUUUGGCUUGAAUUAAUUCAAACGUGUCAAUUUUGUCAUUGUCUUUUUUUUUUAAAAUUUAAUUAUUACUCACCACCAUGCAUGUAGCUUGAUUAAUUUUAGCAUUUAAAAAAAAAUUAUUAAGUUGCA